CAAGAAGGGAGGUUCUGGGUUGCAAAGGACCCCCCCUUCAAGGACCCGACAGGGAAUGCAAGGCCAGGCAGGCAGGGGAGGCGGCUUCUGGAGGAGAGAGGCCCCUCAGUUGGAGGGGCUGCCGCUCAGGGGCAGCAGUCUGGCAGAGCUCCUGCUUCAAUCCCUGGCUGGCAGCCUCUCCAUGUCUCAGCAGGCCCGGGAAAGGUGGUACAUCAGGAGCUGGACCGAGAGGGUGGCUCCGUCGAAGGAGCUCUCUAGCCAGGCUUCCCUCUGGGAUCAGGUCAGAGAGAUGUGGCGGCAAGAGGAGCUGAGAAAACUGGGGCCGUAGCUCAGUGUUCAAGCAUGCUCUUGCAGACAGAAGGUCCCAGGUCUCUCCAGGCAGGGCUGGGAAAGGCUCCUGCCUGAAGCCUUGGACACGCCACUGCCAGUCAGUGUAGACAAUACUGCGCUAGAUCAAUCAAGGGUCAGACUCAGUAUAAAGAAGCAGGGCCGUCCUUAGGGCGGUGUGGGGCUAAGGGUGAAUCAGCAUGUGCGGGGCCCCUCUUAAAAUUUUGAUCUAAUAUACAUCAUAUAUAAAACACGUACACAAACAUACACACAUACCUCUGCUAACUUGGCAAAGAGGCACCUUUUAAUGUGGCAAUUCUCUCUGUUUAGCAGGGGGAGAGUAACUGUCCCAAUCCACCCCCAGCACAGGACCUCCAGUGACUGUUGCUGGUGUCUAUCUUAUGUUUCUUUUUAGAUUGUGAGCCCUUUGGGGACAGGGAGCCAUCUUAUUUAUUUGUUAUUUUUCUGUGUAAACUGCCCUGAGCCAUUUUUGGAAGGGCAGUAUAGUUAUUGAAUAAACAACAACAACAACAACAACUUGCCAUGUAUGGCCACUAUUCAGUAAAAUGAAUAACAAUUGUAGUGCAGAGCAGCAUGGAAAUUCAGCUCUUCUCUCCACGUGAUAUAUAACUCCCUCUGCAUGCCUCAAAAACCAUUUGGGCUUUUCAAAUGUUUCAGGAGAAUGCUAAAAACAAUCUUCAAGACACAAGGGGAGAAGACUGAGCACCCAAAGAGACUAAAAAACACAAAUAUUUUUUUGUACAGACCGUGCCUUGGCUAGUUCCCUCUCUUAGCAAGUUUAAAAAAAAAAAAAAAAACCCAUUGUGAAGGAAGAUUCUUGAGGGCACAAACAAUAACUGAACUCACAAGAAUUUAAGAAUAUAAAAACAAAUAUAUUUAUGCAAAUAUACGUUAACAGAAACAUUGCAACACGCAACAUUGCAAUCGGCAUGUUUUAAAAAAAUUAAGCUCUUUUAAGCGACCCCCGGAGAGCUUACCCCCACCCUGCUCCACCGUCUCUUACCUCCCUCUCACAGGCCCAUCAAUUACUAUCCCCUUGUUUACAAUCCAGCUCUCCAGCAGGGCUGAUUCCCAAACAUGUGUCACUAGAGGGGCUGAAGAUGGUUUAAAAGGGCUUACAAAUGAAUAAGAAAAGCACAAAGGAGACACCAGCAACACUGGGAGGGAUACAUACUGGGCUGGACAGUUGCUCUCCCCCUGUUAAACGUAAGAAAGCAACCACUUGAAAAGGUGCCUCCUUGCCCAGUUAGCAGGAGAAACUCUUUCCCUGUCCCCUAAGGUCUCACAAGCUUAAGAGAAAAGCACAAAGGACACACCAGCAACAACCACUGGGAGGGAAGCUGCUGUGCUGCGCUGAACAGUGCUCCUCUGCUAAACAUAAGAGGGCCACUCAACUGCUUGGAAAGGCACCCCUAUGCCCGGUUAAUAGGAAUGACUGCAGCAGAUCAUACUGCUGCUGAAGGGUUAAAAAAAAUGACAACCUUAGCUUCCUGUUUGGCCUUCUAAAGAGUUAAACCAAGUGAGUCGCAAUUCCUGGACAAGCCUGUGGGAAUGAAUGAAUGUUGGCUUGGAGGAGGGAGUGGAGGAGGAAGUGUCUCCUACGUUCCUAAGUGCAGAGGGAAGGGAGAAGGUGAGUUUGAAUGCCACCAGCAAUCAAACUGCAUUGGCCUUGUGUGACUAAGCAGUGGCUUCAUCACACUCUUUUUACCCUGGGUAGCAAAGUAGCAUUAGAGGAAGAAGAGCUUUUGAAUGUGUUGGGAGCUUAAUUUGAGCAUAGAGAGAUCAUGGAUUUGCAAAGCCCAACAAACAGUGAAUCAGGGAAGGGGGCAGAAAAAGGCUCUCAAGCCAUCCAGUCUGGCAGUGAUAAGGCAUUCUGGGAAAUAACUGUGCAGAAGAUCCUGGGAGGAGACACCACCAGCUCAGAUGUCCAGGGCAGGAGAUUCAGACGGUUCGUCUACCAGGAAGUUGAAGGGCCCCGAGAGGUUUGCAGCCAACUCCACCACCUUUGCCAGCAGUGGCUGGAGCCAGAGAGACACACGAAAGCUCAGAUACUGGACCUGGUGAUCCUGGAGCAAUUCCUGACCAUCCUGCCCCCAGAGCUGGAGAGCUGGGUGAGAGAAUGUGGAGCAGAGACCAGUUCCCAGGCUGUGGCCCUGGCAGAAGGUUUCCUUCUGAGCCAGGCAGAGGAGAAGAAGCAGGAAGAGCAGCAGACAGAUGGGAUGUUAGCCAAAGCAGCCUCUGAGCUCCCAGAGUCUGAGAUGGCUCCAUUGGUGAUCCAACAGAAGCCGCUGCAGGAAAGUGACAGAGGUGCCAUGGCGCUGGGCAGAGAAAUGACGCUGGCGACUCCUCCCAGAGCUUCUCCUCUUGGUGGUGGAGUGGAAACAGUUGCUGUGCCCUCAUCAGAUCAGGAGUCUGUGAGCUUGGAGGAGGUGGCUGUGUAUUUCUCUGAGGAGGAGGAGGCUCUGCUGGAUCCAGGCCAAAAGGCUCUGCACAGGGAAGUCCUGGAGGAGACGUCUGGGCAUCUGGCCUUUUUGGGUGAUUGGAGGGAGGGAGAGAAACCGGCCGAUGGACCAAGAAGGAGAACCGAAGGGAGCCAGAAGAGGAGGCAGACUAGUCCUUCCGAAGGGCCAGACACGCAUUCCACCCCAGUCCAAGGAGAAUGCCAUGAGGGAAGCCGAAGGAACAAGAUCCCUCAGGAUGUAGAAACCUUGACUAGUCAGCCAUAUCUGAGCAGACAUCCCAGAAUCCACACAGGAGAGAAACCAUAUACUUGCUCAGAGUGUGGAAAGAACUUCAGUCAGAAGACAACUCUUACUGUCCAUCAAAGAAUCCACACAGGAGAGAAGCCUUAUAAAUGCUCAGAAUGUGAAAAGAGCUUCACCUGGUGUGACAAGCUUAUAGUCCAUCAAAGAGUCCACAUAGGAGAGCAACCAUAUAUCUGCUCGGAGUGUGGAAAGAGCUUUAGUCAAUAUGUAAACCUUACAUUGCAUCAAAGAAUCCACGCAGGUGAUAAGCCUUUUAAAUUCUUAGAAUGUGAAAAGAGUUUCACUUGGUGUGACAAGCUUACAGUCCAUCAAAGAGUCUACACGGGAGAGAAACCAUAUACCUGCUCAGGCUGUGGGAAAAGCUUCAGUCAGAAGGCAAAGCUUACUUCACAUCAAAGAAUCCACACAGGAGAGCAACUAUAUAUCUGCUCAAAGUGUGGAAAGAGCUUCAGUAAGAAGGAAGCACUUACUGUUCAUCAAAGAGUCCACACAGGAGAGAAACCAUAUACCUGCUCAGGCUGUGGGAAGAGCUUCAGUCAGAAGGCAAAGCUUACUUCACAUCAAAGAAUCCACACAGGAGAGAAACCAUAUAUCUGCUCAGAGUGUGGAAAGGGCUUCAGUAAGAAGGAAGCACUUACUGUCCAUCAAAGAGUCCACACAGGAGAGAAGCCAUAUAGCUGCUCAGAAUGUGGGAAGAGCUUCAGUCAUAAGGCAACAUUUACUUACCACCAGAGAGUGCACACAGGAGAGAAACCAUAUAUGUGCUCAGAGUGUGGAAAGAGCUUUCGUCAAAGCCUACAACUUACAUUGCAUCAAAGAUACCAUACAGGAGAGAAACCGUAUACCUGCUCAGAGUGUGGGAAGAGCUUCAGUCAGAAGGCAGCACUUACUGUACAUCAAAGAGUCCACACAGGAGAGAAACCAUAUACCUGCUCACAGUGUGGGAGGAGCUUCAGUCAAAAAACAACUCUUACUGUCCAUCAAAGAGUCCACACAGGUGAGAAACCAUAUACCUGCUCAGAGUGUGGAAAGAGCUUCAGUCAGAAGGCAACGCUUACUGUCCAUCGAAGAAUCCACACAGGAGAGAGGAAACCAUAUACAUGCUUACAGUGUGGAAAGAGCUUCAGUCAAAACAUAAACCUUGCAUUGCAUCAAAGAAUUCACACAGCUUAGAAGCCUUUUAAAACUCAGAAUGUGGAAAGUGUUGCACUCCAGGUGUCAGGCUUACUGUCCAUCACACAAUCCACACAGGAGAGAAACCAUAUAUCUGGUUCAGGGUGUGGAAAGUGCCUCAGUCGGAGCAAAAAUCUGAAAUUGCAUCCAAUAAUCCACAGAGGUUAGAAGGCUUUUAUAUGUUCAGAUUGUGGAAAGAGUGUUAGUUGUAGUGAUCCCUUUAGUUCCCAUCAAAGAACCCACACAAGAGAUAGAAAGUACAUCAGUGCUUGGAGUGGUGAAAGAGCUUCAAUGAGAUGGCAACACCUACUUCCCAUCAAAGAGUCCACACAGGCAAGAAAUCCAUAUUCAUUCAUCUGAACACCUUUAAGAUGGGAGUCAAGAUGAUUUCAGUUUUCACUCAUGCUCUGAAAGAUGUGGAAAUUGCAAGUUAUGGUGCCCAUCUUAACUUCCAUGCCAUAUAAACUGCAAAGGCCUUUUACAGGCUUGUAUAUUCUGCUUUAGAAAUGAGGCUCUAUGUGCACACACAAGUAGAUUUUACCCUUACCGAUAUACCCUUUGCAGAUAUUUGUGAGUUCAUCUACAGCCCUAUUGUUGAGAAAACUUCCAUCCUUGUUGCAAAUACUCAUGAGCAGACCAUCUUCUCCUACUGAUGCGUAGCUCUUGUAUUCUUAUGGAUGAGUAGAGCCCACACUUACAGGUAAUGUUCAGCAUCCUCUCUCAGCUCUGCCGUUGAUAUAAAUCUGGUUGGCAGGGACCAGAGACAGGGUCUUCUCAAUGGUGGCUCCUGUCUUUGGAAUGUCCUCCCAGAAGGGCUUAGUCAGUUUCCCUCUUUGCUUCAUUUUAAAAAAGAACUUAAAGACCUUACUUUUUAAAGAAUCUUUUAAAGACAGGUUGUAAUUUAGUUUUAGUCCUGGCAACUGUUCUACUUGAUAUAUCAUAUUAUUUGCUCUGUCUUUGUGUUUUAGGAUGACUCAUAUUUUAUUGCCUUUUACUCUCUUAUUCUUUUAUCAUAGAUCUUUUGUUUUAAUGAUUUUUUUGUAAGAGCAGUUGUAUGUUGGAGGAGCAGAAUAAAAAUUUUUAAAUGAUAAAUUAAA